CAGGGAGGCAGAGCCUGCACUCCAGCUCCACGUUCACUGAGGCACACACGGCCCCGGCUCCUGCUCUCGCCUCCCGCUAACUUUUCCACUUUCUCUUUUUUGACGGACCCUUCCCGUGUUGGCAGUAAGCAGCCAUGGACGCCAUCAAGAAGAAGAUGCAGAUGCUCAAGCUCGACAAGGAGAACGCCUUGGACCGAGCCGAGCAGGCCGAGUCGGACCAGAAGGCGGCCGAGGACAGAAGCAAGCAGUUAGAAGAUGAAAUAAGAGAGUUGGAAAAGAAAAUGCGUGUUACUGAGGACGAGAGAGAUAAAGUGUUUGAGGAGUUCCAAACUGCGGAGGAGAAACUGCUGAGCGCCGAGGAGGUCGCUGCCAAGCUUGACGAUGACUUGGCAGCGCUACAGAAGAAGCUGAAGGGAACAGAGGAUGAGCUAGACAAGUACUCUGAGGCUCUUAAAGAUGCUCAGGAGAAACUUGAGCUGGCUGACAAGAAAGCCACUGAUGCUGAGAGCGAUGUGGCCUCCCUCAACAGACGCAUCCAGCUGGUUGAGGAGGAGUUGGACCGUGCUCAGGAGCGUCUGGCCACCGCUCUGACCAAGCUGGAGGAGGCAGAGAAGGCUGCCGAUGAGAGCGAGAGAGGCAUGAAGGUCGUUGAGAACAGGGCCAUGAAGGAUGAGGAGAAGAUGGAGAUCCAGGAGAUCCAGCUCAAGGAGGCCAAGCACAUCGCUGAGGAGGCUGACCGCAAAUACGAGGAGGUGGCUCGUAAACUCGUCAUUAUUGAGAGUGACCUCGAGCGUACGGAGGAGCGCGCCGAGCUGUCAGAAAGCAAAUGCUCUGAGCUGGAGGAAGAGUUGAAAACUGUGACCAACAACCUGAAGUCACUGGAGGCCCAGGCUGACAAGUAUUCACAGAAGGAGGACAAAUACGAGGAGGAGAUCAAGGUCCUCACCGACAAGCUGAAGGAGGCCGAGACCCGUGCCGAGUUCGCUGAGAGAUCAGUAGCCAAGCUUGAGAAGACCAUCGACGACCUGGAGGAUGAGUUGUAUUCCCAGAAACUGAAGUACAAGGCCAUCAGCGAGGAGCUGGACCACGCCCUCAAUGACAUGACUUCCAUGUAAAUGUUCCACCUCCCGUCCGUGCCUCUUGUGUUUUUCGGUUAUUCCGAGUACUCCACCUGGUAGCCGUCUCCUCGGGAUCCGCCGUCAUUACGCAUUGUCUUCCUCAGGUGGUUUUAAGUAACGUCUUUGGUGUGUGAGCAUUCUCUUACAACUCCACGUAGGCUCCUCUUUCCCAUAACUGUUUGACGAUUGGAUCAGAUAAGAUCGUGUAAAGAGGAAUUGUGUAAUGUAAUGCAUGUCACAUGACGCAGCAUGGACCGUGUUCUUGUGUUUUUAGUUGUUGGACCUUUUUUAGUGGCAUGCUAAGACAUACAUGCAAAUCAAUUGAGGGAUUCACCCACCGUAGCCGUGAGGCGUCCCUCUUUCGAUUGAUCAUCAUCUAAUAUGUCCUGCUUUUGUCUACAUCGAAAGCCCCUACCCCUCAUUUGCUUUUUUUUAGUCACAUUUCAAUGGGGUCUUGUUGAUGUGGUUCUUGAAAGGGCUGAGCUUCCCCCUCCAUUCACUGUACUUCUUCUCUCCCUCCCUCACAGAUAAAUUGUUUACGUCUCAGCAAAGACGCCUCCUUCCGGCGGAGUGGCAUCUGCCCGCUCUCUCCAGCCUUCCCUCCACCUUCCUUUCCUUCUCCAUCUGCGCUAUUCCCGUCCUUGUGUCUGUUCUCAUCCUGAUGUCCAAGUCGAUCCCAUCUCUUGUACAGAAUCCUAAAAUCGUUCUGCGUUGUGUAAAAAGAAUAAAUCUCAUCCCCUUCCAUGUACGCUGUAUCUCUUUACUCUGUCCCCUUUCCCUAUUUAUUUCCAGUCAUGUUCUGUCUAUUACUUUUCUUUAAACUUCUCAGCAAUACUUUUCCUUGCUUUCAUUGUUUUAUCCGUGCAGAAGGUGGCACAAAAAUAAAUACCGGAAUAAAAGCAGAGCCAAUUGAGCUUCUCUUGUAGCAGUCGAGACUUUUGAAAAUCGACAACUUGAACAGGGAAUCUUACUUUGGAUGUUUUUGAGAACAGGAGGAUUGGGAUUGGACUGUGAUCAGGAAGACUAUGGUUAAGUAGCGAGACGGUGGAGAACAUCUGGUUGGAUGAAAUAGACUUGAGAAGCUUUGUGCACAUCUCUGUUGGAAUAUUGUGAUGUGGGAAUUGUACGUUGCGCAGCGUUUCAAUAAAUGUACAGUCUAAAUGCUUCGAGUGUUUUGAUGAAUUGCCAUAAAUUCGAGCACAAGCUGAAUGCGAACAGUGUAACAGCGGCGCCUUUAAAAUUUCACACAAAGUUUAGCUGGUUAGCAUCUAAGGUCAUCUCAUUUUAGUUCACCUAUUUUGGUUAAAUCUUAAAUUUACAUGUUUUUAACGCAGCUGUCUUCCUGUUAAAAUACAAUAUUUCUAGUCAAAUAGCCAGAACUUGAAAAUAAAAUGAAAUGGUCUUUAAAUGUGAAGGAUGUAGAAGAAUAGUAACGGGUUAAUUUUCACAGUUCAGUACAAUAUUGAAAAAUAAGAGAUAAGGUUGCAUAAAGGCAAAUUAUUCAUGUUUUGGCAGUAAUGCAAAAAAAAUCUAAGCAGCUGAGAAACAAAAAAAAACAUUCACAUUCAGCAAAACUCUUGCUUUUUUUGAGUGAAAGUAAAUAUUUGUUGUCUAUGUUUUACAUGUGAAUGUUUUUUAUUUUUUUUUAAUGGCAGUAAACUGAAUAAAUUUUAAAAAGUUGAUUUGUUGAAGUAUUUUGAGGAAAACAAUCUUUUGCAACGUUCUUAAGUAGAAGCCCGGUAAACUUUGUCAGGUUAAAAACCAAAAUUCAAUAGCAUUUAUUUUUAUUAGUUGUGUUACUCAUUAUAAGCUAAACAUUUAACCAUUUAGAAAUGCAAAUGAACUGGAACUCACCAUGUGGGCACUGUGUGGAUAAUUCUGGGCUCAAAUGUAAACAAAAAAUUAAAUUGAUCAUGUUAUUAUUGUGCCCAUUGAGAUAUUUUCAACAUCUUGACUAUCUUUCCUCACAGAGGACUCCAGCAGAGUUUGUGCUUCAGAUUUUCUCUUCUUUGCCUGUUUUUUUUUUUUACGUACUCUCAGUAGAAUAGCUGCCAUGUCACUAAUAAAGUGUGUGCCCUUGAAUAGCAAAUAUGUUUUACAUAUUAAUGAUAAUGAUUUGUCAUGGGAUACUAAUUUUUACACGGGAUUUUUUUCAAUCAACGUUUCAUUGUUUUGCCAGUGUGCUUUUGUCACUCUGAUUAACUGUUGACUGUGAUUUCUCACCGUUUUUGUUAUUGUUUUGUGAAGUACUGGUUAAACAUGUAGCGAGCUUGAUUAUUAACACAGUCUAACCAGCUGGCUGUCUCGUAACUAUUGAUGUGCAACUAAUACUUGCUUUUUUUCAAUGUCC